GUUAUUUGAAACUUAGUAAUUGUUAUUUUUACAUAAAAAUUUAUCAGUAUUGUGAUAGUUUAGUACUGCUAUUACUAAAUUAAAUAGGAUCGAGGUGUGAAUAAGUGGAUACGAAAAAAUUGGUACUGAAAAAUGUCGAAAGACGAUGUAUCACCUUUUCAAGAAUCCGAAAGCAAAUACCAAUGAUAAAGAAAAAUUAUACUUGGGUGUGAUCAGGUAGGCAUAAAAUGGGUAACACCAAAUCGAAACACAAGAAAAGUGAAACAUCAUCACUGGAGAUUUGCCUACCAGAAGAGUUGCAUCAUGACCCAAGCACAUACGAGAAGACUAAAUGCUUUCUUACUGCUACUAAAUUUGGACUUCUGGAAUAUACACAGAAACUCUUAUCUCAGGGAGUAGAUGUUAACAGCUCUAACCUGUUAGGUGUCAGUGCCUUACACUUUGCUGCCAAAGAAGGUCAUUAUGAUGUUGUCAAAGAAUUAAUAAAAAAUGGAGCAGAUGUGAAUGCCAAAACAAUAAAGUUAAACACUCCAUUACACCUUGCAUCCAUUAAAGGAAACAUACAAAUGGCAGAUUUAUUGAUAGAGAAUGGGGCCCAUGUCAACAUCCAGGCUUCUCUGGGAUUUACUCCUCUUUACAUGGCUUCCCAAGAGAAUCAUGCAAGAAUGGUUCAGUUACUUCUUGGGUAUGGAGCAGACCUUCAUUCUGCUGCAGAAGGUGGAUUUACUCCAUUGAUUGUAGCACAACAGCAGGACUGCAAACAAGUUAUUUCUAUCUUGGAAGAAUUUGUGAAAGAAAUUGAAAGUGUGAAAACCUCUGCUGUUGAAAUUCCAGACAAACCUCUGGGACCUCUUUCUUUCAAAGUUUGUGAAAAACUCACAGAAAAGUCUUGUAGUGGCCAAAGACUAAAUGGAUGUCAUGAGAUUAAGUUUGUAGUUGGACCUGAAGGAGGAAUUAUAAGCCAGUCUGGUCACCUUCCAUUUUCCAUGACUUUUCCAGCAAGAUGUGUAUCAAGAUCUUUAUCAGUUACCUGUUGCUUACUUAAUGGGGCAGAUCACUUGUGCCUUCCUCCUCUGAAUGACAGUGAAGCUCUUGUUUCAUAUAUAUUGGAAAUUAGGCCAGUUGGAGCGAAGUUGAUUCAUCCUGUUUUAAUUGAAUUGCAUCAUUUUGCUUCUUACAGACCAGAGAGGAAGGUAUUCAUGCUAAAGAGUGAUCUUGGUGACUCCUGGUCUCUGUGUUAUGAAGGAGAUUCCCUACCAUCCUCUGAACCAUAUGAUAAUGGCUUUACCUCAGCAACCAAGACAUCAAUAUUUUUGAAGACACUUGUACUUCCUAGAUUUCUCUGUAUAAUAUCAUCUAUUCACAUGGAUGUGAAGACCAUUGGAACAGAUGGUGGUAAGAUAGCUUCAUCAUUGGUGCCUGGUGCAGAAAUAGUACUCUCUCCAGGAUCCCUUUUGAAACCUGUUAACAUUGGCCUAAGUGUACAGCCUGUCCCUAUGGAUCUAGUAAAGAAAGUGUUUGGUGAUCAUGUGACAGUAAGUCCAAUUUUAACAGUGGAGCCUAGAUAUAGGAAAUUUCACAAAUCCUGCACUCUUUCCAUACCAUUAGUUAAUAAGGGGACAGCAAGUUUGCCUGUUGAUGAUGGAAAAAUAAUUACUUGUAAUAGCAUAACCAAGAAGGAUCACUCUAACAGUGAAGGGGAACUUGCAGCACAGCCUAGAAGCCAAGACACUCGCAAAAUGCAUCUUGUCUGUAGCUUAACAGGAGGAAAUCAACGAGUAGAGUGGUUAAACAUCACAGGCUCCACUUCUUUGAAAAAAACAAAACUUCUGUGUCCCUGUCAACUUAUGUAACAGGCCGCUACUGUCUAGUGUGUCAGUGUUAUCCCAUUACUCCAGUGUGGUGGAAAGACAUGGUUCAGCUUGUCAGCGAACUCUACCAGGAAGUUGUCAGAAUACCUAUCUUUGUUCGUUUUUUUCUUAUGAUGAAAAGGCUGAAACGUGGGAAGGCUGAGAUCUGCAUCAUUUGUCGAGCCAACGUUGAUGGGAUGGGCACCAAUCAUGUUGAAGGGUUUUCUUUGGCAACUCCAAGCUGCACAGCAGAAGUGUUUGAAAAGGAACAGUUACAUCUGGAUGUGCAAGCACGUGAUGAAACUAAAAUGUUGGAGCUUUUUCAUUCUAGGAGACUUCAUUAGUAUUUUCUGUAGAGUUAAUUUAUUUUACAUGAUUAUGUAUUUUGUGGACUGAUAAACAUACAAGUUAUCUUUAAAAAGUGUAAAUAUACUUUUAAUAAUCUCAUUCAGUUUAAAGGGGAACCUAUGUUCACUGAGUAAUAAAUUGAAAAAUACUUUUUUUAGAUUGUUUUAUUGUUAGUGAUAGAUAUUUGUAACAAGAAGUUAUCAAAGUCUUGUUGAUUUCUCAGUUUUAAAGUGAUUAUUGUUGUAUAUGGAAUACUCACUAGUUCUUUUCAAGGUAGGGUUGUAUAUUAUUAAAACAUUCUUAUUGUAAUUAUCAAUUGUUUAGUAGUUUUCCCUGACAAAGUUAUUCUUAAAUUGUCCCUUUACAUUUCUUCACAGUGUUUAAUAGUCAUUGAAUUAUGUGAAUCAUAAACAGAUGAAAGUCAUGUUGUUGUCAUGAAUUUUUUUAUUAUAAUUUUUAAGUUUUUGUUUCUAUGAAUGUCUAAUUACGAACAAAACCAAAUAGUAGCAUGGAUUUGGAAAAUUUAGUAUCAUGUAUUUUCACAGUUUAGUCCAAUGUGUUAUUAAUACAGGUUUAUUGUUUUACAAGUGUCAUAUACGUGUAAAUCCAUGUGUAGUGGGAAGGCUCUGUAGCAUUAUAUUUUAAAAUCGUUAUGUACCUUCACCUCCACAACUUGCAUAAAUAUUUUGAAUGCAAUGAAAAACAUUGUUAAAGAAGUUGAUUAUGAUGGUUGAUUUUUAUUGUGAGAUGGGAUAAAAGUAUAGCUUUGCACUAGUAGUUAUGUUAUAAAAUGGUUAGGAGAUUUGAAAGUGUUUGGUGAUCAGAUAUUUAGAUUUAAAAAAGCAUAAAAAAUAAAAAGUAUAGGCUUAGGAGAAACUGGAAGAUUUCAGACUAUAGAGCUACCUUGAUUAAUGUAGAAAUACAGGAAUAUAUGGUAGACUGAAGAACUCCUGAGUUUCCUGGACUACUAAAGAGAUAGGAGGAGUCAAUAAACUUUAGGACUACUUAGGUACCCAGAGCAUUUUAAAGAUGUAGGAUGAGGUGGUAGGUUUGAGGACUUGUUUUGCAUUAAAAGGUGUGGCUUGUGAAGUGGGUAGGACAUUUUAGUAUGAAUUCUAUAAUUGCUGUAACCAAAUAUUUGAGUAAAAAAAGUAUUGGAGUGAACAAUGGGCUAAAGUACUCUCCAGAUACUUGUAACACUAGGAGGGAUUACUAGAUUGUAGGGCUGCAGAGAUAGUCAAGACAUUGUAAAGAUGUAAAAUGAUGCUGUAGGCUCUGGGAAGACUGAGGAACAAUUUAAAAGUAUAGGAGGAGUUAGUUAGUUUCAGUACAACUGAGGUAUCUGGGACAAUGUAUAAAUGUAGGAUGGGACAAUGGACUUUAGGACAACUGAGUUAGCUGAAACAUUGUCAAGAUGUAGGAUAAGUAGUAAACUUUAGAAUAACUGAAGUAUCUGGAACAUUCUAAAGAUAUAUGUUGAGGUAGUAAACUUUAAGGCAGCUGAGGUAUCUGGAACAUUCUAAAGAUAUAUGUUGAGGUAGUAAACUUUAAGGCAGCUGAGGUAUCUAGAAUAUUGUAAAGAUGUAGAUUGAGGUAGUAAACUUUAGGGUAGCUGAGGUAUCUGGAACAUUGUAAAGAUGUAAGUUGAGGUUGUACUUGUGAGGCGGUUAUUUACACUAUAAUGAUGUAGGUGAAGCUAUUGGAUCUUAGGAUUUCCAAAGUAGCUAGAACACCAUAAAGGUUAUAAAACCUAGAAACUACUGUAGUAGAUAUUAAGAUAUUUGGCAUUUGUUGCUAUAAUUAGUGUAAUGUAGGUGUUUGUGUAACAGACUUAUCUCAAGAAUUGCUCUGAAUAUUAAUAAACCAAAUACAUCACUUUCACAAAGCUCUUAGAAAACUGUGGAAAUGUCUAAAUCACUUUGAAAUUUUGAUUUUUUUUAGAACUCCUUCAGUUUUUUUAAUAAUGCCUUGACAUAUAAUAUUUACAUUAAUCUAGCAUUUUGAAUACAAGCAUUUGGUUUUUUCAGUAGAUAUCUUGAAAAUGAACACUAUUGUGUGAAAUUUGCCUCUGAGAAAAAGUCAUGUCUACUAUUUUGUAGCAAAGAUCUUUACCAUUACUAAAGUAAUUUGAAGCUAUUUUACGUAUUUAAAGAAAAACAAUCAAAUAUUUGACUUAUUGAUAAUAAUGUUGGUUUUAAUAAUUAGUGUUGCUUGAGUGUAUAGUAGAUGUUAAUACAGUAGCAGUAUUAUAGUGAAAAAGAAGUAGUGGUUAUGGAUUUUUUGAAGUGUUUGCUUAAGUAUUAACCUGUAGCUACUUUGAAACCAAAUAUACUCUGUUUAUUUGAAUUUUAAAAAAGUGGUAAAUUCACCAUGUAUUUUUCCUGGAAUGUAGUAAAGAAAUGUUACUGUUUGCAUAAUUAGUAAUCUUUGCAGAUGAAACAACUCAUAUAUUGUGCCUUUAUACUUAUUGUUUAAAAUGUUUAGUAAUUGUUGAAGCUUCAUCAGAGAAAAAGAAAAAAAUAGAAGCCUUGUUUUCUUUUAUUUUUAGUUAAGACUGAAAUAAAGAGUUCAUUAUUCUAUUUGGAUCACCUUUCUUUCUGUCGUAUUCAUUAAAAAUAACAGUAAUUUAAUAUUUUAUCUGUUUUGGAUAUUGUGAACAUUUCAGAUUGUUUCACUGUGGCCUUGGAAGAGCUGUUGUUCAUCACUGUUGAAAUUCAGGUAUACUCUGGAUGUUACUUACCUUCGUAAGGUAUCACAGAACACUUCUGUCACACAAACCUUCUCUAGCACCUUGUACUGUAGGAACAAUACGAGUAGUCAUUGGCCUCUUGCAGCUUCCCAUAUUUUUACCCUGUUGUCAGCAUUUAAAAGGGCUAAAGUGAUUUUUUAGACUAUCUAGCACAUUUCCAGUCAACAGUAUGUUUCCUGUUUGCAUUAGAGAUGACCAAUGUUUGGACUGAUGAUCACUAUACGACAUUUGUUUUAUGCCCGUUGCAUAUAGUUGAAUCCCAAUCACUUUUAAUGGAAUCAGUCAGUUGAAACACAGUCUGUUGCACUUAGCAAGCAUGUCUAACCAUAUUUUCCUUUAGUCGGCAAGCCAGCUUUUGCUUCUCUUGAUAAGACUUUGAACAACCAAUAAUAGAAAUGGUCUUUACUAAUGACGUUCUUAUAGUUGAGCCCCAACCGUUAUGUGUCUGUUUAAGUCUAACAUAUCCUUACCCAUUGCCGUACAGAGUGACUAAUAUGAUUGCACUUAUUAGGCUCAAGCUACUAGCAUCUAUUAGUAUUCCUCACAUGGGCAGGAGGUAUUAAUGGUGGACAGUCAAUGUAUAUGUG